AUGCUUCGAUUCUCCGCCUUAUUGUGCUUCAGCAUUGUGGCUUUGGCCAGCGCCGACAAGCUGGGCUACAACUAUCAGCCAGUGUCCCAUUCCGGUUCGGGACUUUCCUUCCAACCCGGUGCAGCGGCCAGUAAUGAUGCACCUGCCUUCGCUGCGGGACCUUCCUUCGCUGCGGGACCUUCCUUCUCUGCGGGACCUGCCUCGUCUGGCGGUUCUUUUGGAGGCCCCAUUUCUGACUUUGGUGGCCAAGUUGCCGCUCCAUCCGCCGAUGCUCCCAACUAUGCUGCUGCCCAACCCGAACUAGAGAAGGAAUUCUUCACUUACACAGCUGACGAGGGUGAUUUCUACGAUCCAGCUGCCUCUGAGAAGGUUUCGAGCGCUCUUAACAAGGCUCUGCGUGUUGUCUUCAUCAAGGGACCCGAGAACCGUGGCUUGGAGGAUGCCGCUUUGGCUUUGGCCAAACAGGCUGCCCAACAGGAGACCGCCAUCUAUGUCCUCAACAAGCAGGCCGAUAUUGGAGAUUUGGCAGGCAAAUUGAAUGCCAUCCGUAACAACAACAACAACAAACCCGAGGUUCACUUCGUCAAGUACCGCACUCCUGAGGAUGCUGCCAAUGCACAGAAUGCUAUUCAAUCGCAAUACGAUCAAUUGGGUGGACGCUCAUCCAACCACGAUGGUGGUGUGGCCAGCUCCUUGAACUUUGCUUCAAGUGCUCCAGUCCCAGUUGCUGCCCCUGCUCCCGCUGAGGCCCGCAUUGCUCCAUCCAUUGCUCUGCCAGAGGCCACGGCACCCAUCUCUUCGUACGUUCCCCCUGCCGCGCCCGGCAGCACCUAUCUGCCCGCCAACAUUCUGCGUCGUCUGCGCUUCUAA